UUCUUUUUGUAUCAAAAGAAUCUUACUAAACCUGCCUAGAAUCUACUGUAUUAUUGUGCUUGUGAAAUUCUUCUGUGGGUAACGAUGGACUCAUUCUGUCAGUAAAACCUUAUUCCCACAGAAAGCAUUUGGAACUGCAAAUCCAAAAGCUCAGCCCCAGUCCCGAGUGCUUUUCCUUGCCCAGCUCCCGCCGUCCCGGUUCCAGGGAUGCUGAGGAGCGCCAGCAGAUGGGGCUGGAACGCUGCACAGGGAAGCGCUCCCGGCACGGAGGGAGCAUCGGCACCGGGCAAUGCCGGUGGGUCCGAGCACCGCUGAGCUCCCGCUGUCUGCUGCACUUCCAGAGGAGGAGGCCCCGCUGCAGGAGGCGCCGGGAGGCGGAGAAGAGGCCCCGCGAGUGGUGGAUUUGGAGCAGCUGGUGCCCGUGGGGGGCGUGUUCCACAUCUCUGUCCUGCGGCUGCCGCCCCAGGCCCAGGACGUCGGGGACUGGAUCAUGGUGGAGGUGAGGGAGGGGAUGUUGGAGGUGUAUCCAUAUUCCCCAGGAAAGGCUGAAGAUGGCACACAGGAAGCAGUACAGAUCACCCUGAGGCUCCCUGAUAAUGUGAUUUAUUUUAAAGUGCCUGUGCUAGCCCGAUGGGAUCCUGCAGGCCAAUGGUGGAGAACUGAUGGCAUCAGCAAGAUAACCUAUGAAGCAGAAAAAAAGAGCAUCACCUUCAGCAUGGGUGGCUUUUCUACAGUAGCCCUUCUCCAGGAUGCUCACCUGAACCUGCCCUAUCAGGCCUGGGAAUUGCACCCUACUGGUGUGGAUGAAGGCCUCUUCACAAUUACCGCAGUCUUUGCAACCAUUCAGAUACAAAUUAAGGAUAAUCAGUGUAUGUUGUCUGCAGUAGUGGUGGAAGAGGAGGAGGUGCUUUCCCACAUCACAGGGAAAUGGAUGAGUCCUCUUGCCCUCAGAGCAGCUUUGAAAAGAGCUGGAGUGAACAUUUUCCCAGCAGAGCACUCUCCCAAGUAUGUCCCUGUGCCCAGGAAGGGUCCCCUGGCAGAAGUGAGGGCCUAUGAACAGAUGGCUCUGCUGGCAGCUGCUUUUGCUCACAGCAAGUGGAACGGAGAAGCAGGGCCAGAGCAAGUCCUGUUCAAGGUGAGUGAACAUCUGACAGCAGGUUCUGCCAAAGGCAACCACUGGUCUCUUCUGAUGUUCGAUGGUGAGAAAGUGCAACACCUCAAGCUCACUGAAACCAGUGAAGCUUUUUCAGAAGAGGUGCAAGAAGAGUCUGAAUUUCACUCCACACUCUACCAUAUGGUCAAGGAGUCUGCCAGCAAUGAAGCCAUGGAAAAAGUGGAAAGAGCUGGCUGCAUGUUCAUUGAUUCUGUGUAUCAGCUGCUCCUUGCUACCAGUCUUAGCAUACUCUUAGAUACUACUGCAUGCUUUCCUUCAAAACUUUAUUAUCAAAAGCUUUCAAUAAAGUUACACUUCAAGUCUUAA